CAACAAAAGGCAACAAAAAGAUAAGAAAAGCUGAAUUUUGUAAUUUUUUGAGGAGUUAUCACGGCCUGCUGUGGUUCCGGAACACGCGACCCCGACUUUCGACCCCGCCGACCCCGCUGGAACCGACGGGAUGUGGGCAAGAAUAAAAGAUUUUCUGUUCCGGCACCGGCGGAAGUUUAUCACCACCGGAGUCGUGGUCGGUAGCAGCGUGUUUCUGCUGAAAUGGAUUCAAUACAAGCUGCGCGAACUGCAGGAGCGCCAGGCGAAGGAGAUUUGCGAGAAGCUGCGAAGAAUGCAGCAUUUUGAGUGUACGGAUCGCACCUGCAACCAGACGAUCACCGGCCUGGCACCGGCGCUGUCUGAUAAAAUAUUCCAAAGCCUCAACACGGACGAGAUCCUUGUGAAGCUGCGUUCGAACCCGGACAACAAGCUGGAGCUCUGGGAGCAGCUGAAGAUCGUGGCGUUCACGCGCAUCGUGACGCUGGUGUACGGGGCCUCCAUGCUGGCCGUCACGUUGAAGGUGCAGCUGAACAUACUAGGCGGCUAUCUUUACCGAGACACGGUGGCAGAUGCGGACGGAGAUCAGCACGCACGGGAGCAGCAAAUCUCGCGCAACCUACAGACGGCUUAUCUGUCGAUGAUACAGCACUUUAUGGGCGACGGUAUCUACAAACUGAUCGAGAUUGUACGCCAAAACGUGAGCACCGUGAUGCAGCGAUACAAUCUCAAGCAGCAGCUAACGCUGGCCGACACCGAGACACUCCUGUGGUCGAUACAGAUGGCCCUGGACGAACAGAAGGCAAGUCCGGCCCGGUGUAUUGCACAGUACACGCUUCCGCCGGGCUCUCCGGGCGAGCAGGGAACCGUGUUCGCCAAAAUGUUCGAUGAAACGGUAGACGUGCUCGAGAGCGUCGAGUCAACGGAUGUCAGCUUGUCCAACGUGAGCAGUGGAUUCUCGCUCGUGGUCGAUAAGCUGGCCGAUUACUACAUGGAGGCGCAUAAUGCCACCAAAGCCGUGGUCGAAAACGGCAAAUCCAACCUGAACGUGGAGUGCAUGGAGAACAUCAACGAGAUCAAAAUAACGCUCGCCAAAUUGAUACCGAUCGUGAACGGGUUGGUCAACAAGGCGUAUCCCGUAAACGGUGUUAACGGGGAGACGGCAAGUGUCGUUCCGUGGCUGACCGAGCAGAACGCCGGAAACGAUAUAAUGGGGGCCAUGUUGGGGCGCUUUCUACAAUCCGAGAAGCUGCGGACGCUCGGGGCUAAUGUGUACGAAACAUUCUGCCAGUAAAACAUUCUAUACUUAAGCUAAUGAGGACCGUUUGAAGGGGAUUCGGGUGGAAGGCACGUGUGAAGGGUUUGGAGUAUUAGUGGCGUAGAACUGGGAAUGCCGGGAAUUGUAGGUUGCGAAACAUUCAAAGCAUAGGUUUUCCAUUUUAUUAGUGCUACAUGAUGGCUUUACUGAAUAAAUGUGAUGGAUUCUCAUUUUUAAAUUGGAAUCAAUGCCACACAUGCUUGAUUUAUCGCUUAUGGUUAGAUAAGAACGAUUAAUUAAUCAUUGAUAAGGAGGAUGGCUUUUGCGGCUAGAUCGAUAACCAGAAUGAAAUGUUGUAAUCUGAAAGUUUCCUAUCGUAGUUCAUCAUCAUUCCUGGUGAAAUGAUUUCAUGCUAAUGU